GGGGGAACCCAACAGUGCUGCAGCUCUUCCUACCCGCCCUUCAGCGAGAGCAGCAGCAGCCACCUACGGCAGCAGAUCCAAAGCUCCGGAGUCGUUGAGAGUCGUGAACGUCUUCACUUCCUUCCCACCUUCUCCUCCUUCUUUCCCCUGUCAACCGUCUCCUCUCAGCCAGCACUUCGACUUGCAGGAAGCUACCCCUCAUCUUCCUCAAACCAGCCCCUCCUUUACACACGCCAAAGCAUUACGAUCAUGGCUACCACGGCGACCGCUUCCCGCUCGCGUAGACCGUCGACUUCGGCACCAGUUGCUGAGCUCUCGGGUCCCAUUGGGCCUGCUGGCAUCACAAGACCCAAGCACAAGCGUACAAUUACCGGCUUUGGUGCUUCGGAUAUCAAGAGCGUCGAGGCUGAGAUCCCAGAUGAGCAAAAGACCGCCUGGAAGAAACAUAGUGCUGCAGGAUUCAGUAACAAGGAGGAUUUUGAGGCUGCCGCAAUUCGUCACAUCGAGACUACCCUUGCUCGUUCCCUAUACAACUGCGAUGAAGGUGCUGCCUAUGGCGGAACCGCUCUGGCGUUCCGCGACCGCCUGAUCAUUGACUGGAACAAGACGCAGCAAAGCCAUACUUUUGCUGAUCAGAAGCGUGUCUACUAUCUCUCUCUCGAGUUUCUGAUGGGAAGAGCAUUGGACAACGCCAUGCUCAACGUCGGUCUGAAGGAUGUUGCAAGAGAGGGUCUCGCCGAUCUCGGUUUCCGCAUGGAAGAUGUCAUUGGCAUCGAGCGUGAUGCAGCUCUCGGUAACGGUGGUCUUGGCCGUCUAGCAGCUUGCUUCCUGGACAGUCUUGCCUCGCUCGACUACCCCGCCUGGGGCUAUGGUCUGAGAUACAGAUAUGGUAUCUUCAAGCAGGAGAUCAUCAAUGGCUACCAAGUCGAAGUUCCUGACUACUGGCUUGACUUCAACCCCUGGGAAUUCCCCAGACACGAUGUCACAGUUGACAUCCAAUUCUACGGACAUGUCCGCAAGUACAAUGAUGAGAACGGAAGACAGGUAUCAGUCUGGGAGAAUGGCGAGAUAGUAACUGCCAACGCCUACGACGUACCUAUUCCCGGAUACAACACUCCUACCACAAACAAUCUGCGCCUGUGGUCUAGCAAAGCUGCCAGUGGCGAGUUCGACUUCCAGAAGUUCAACUCUGGCGAGUAUGAGCAGUCUGUUCAUGAUCAGAUGAGAGCCGAGACCAUUUCUGCUGUGCUUUACCCCAACGACAACCUUGAUCGUGGCAAGGAGCUUCGUCUCAAGCAACAGUACUUUUGGUGCGCUGCCUCGCUCCACGACAUUGUCCGCCGUUUCAAGAAGUCGAAGAAGGCUUGGAAGGAGUUCCCCAACCAGAUUGCCAUUCAGCUUAACGAUACUCACCCGACACUUGCCAUCCCUGAGCUCCAGCGCAUCUUGGUUGAUGAAGAAGGUCUUGACUGGGAUACUGCAUGGAGCAUUGUUGUCAACACCUUUGGCUACACCAACCACACCGUCAUGGCCGAGGCUCUGGAAAAGUGGUCUGUCCCGUUGAUUCAGCAUUUGCUUCCCCGUCACCUGGAGAUCAUCUACGAGAUCAACUUGCACUUCCUGCAAUACGUCGAGCGUACCUUCCCUAAGGACCGCGACAUGCUUUCUCGGGUCUCCAUCGUUGAGGAAUCGAACCCCAAGAUGAUCCGUAUGGCUUUCCUUGCCAUUGUUGGCUCUCACAAGGUCAACGGUGUGGCAGAGUUGCACUCCGAUUUGAUCAAGACCACUAUCUUCAAGGACUUUGUCAAGAUCUACGGCCAAGACAAGUUCACUAACGUCACCAACGGUAUCACCCCUCGCCGCUGGCUGCAUCAAGCCAACCCCAAGUUGUCUGAGCUCAUCGCUUCCAAGCUUGGUGGCUAUGACUUCUUGAAGGAUCUCACCCUCUUGCACAAGAUUGAGGCAUAUGCCGAUGACAAGCAGUUCCGCAAGGCAUUCCAAGACAUCAAGUACGCCAACAAGACACGCCUUGCCAAGUAUAUCAAGGAGACAACCGGAGUGUCUGUCAACCCAGCAGCUCUUUUCGAUAUUCAGGUCAAGCGUAUCCACGAGUACAAGCGUCAGCAACUCAACAUCUUCGGUGUCAUUCACCGCUAUUUGGCUCUUAAGGCCAUGUCUCCCGAAGAGAGAAAGAAGAUGCAGCCCAGAGUCUCCAUCUUUGGUGGCAAGGCUGCUCCUGGAUACUGGAUGGCCAAGUGCAUCAUUCAUCUUGUCAACGAAGUUGGCAGAGUGGUCAACAACGAUCCUGAGAUUGGUGAUGCUUUGAAGGUCAUCUUCAUUGAGGACUACAAUGUCUCGAAGUGUGAGAUCAUCGCCCCAGCUUCCGACAUUAGUGAGCACAUUUCCACUGCUGGUACCGAGGCUUCUGGUACCUCCAACAUGAAGUUCGUCCUCAACGGAGGUCUCAUCAUCGGAACUUGUGAUGGUGCAAACAUUGAGAUCACCAGAGAGAUUGGCGAGGACAACAUUUUCUUGUUCGGUAACUUGGCCGAAGAUGUUGAAGACAUUCGCCAUCAACACACCUACGAAGGCGUCUUGAUCGAUGAAGGUCUCCAGAAGGUCUUCGAUGCCAUUCACAGCGGCAUGUUCGGUCACUCUGAUGAGUUCUCGGCGCUGACCAACACUGUUGUCAACCACGACCACUGGUUGACUUCUGCUGACUUUGAGGCAUACUGCAAGACUCAGGAUACCAUUGACGAGGCCUUCAAGGACCAGGAAGCUUGGCUCCACAAGACCAUCCUUGCAGUUGCUCGCAUGGGUUUCUUCACUGCUGAUCGCUGUAUCGAGGAAUACGCUGAGAUGAUCUGGAACGUUGAGCCUCAGAAGAUCAAGCAGAACGGUGCAUGAUGAUCACAAUGAUAGACUGGGGUCUUUUCGUAGGAUUCUUCGAGACGUGAAAGGGAACAAGGGUGAAGAGUACUUCUUUUCAAACAUAAUUCAACAUAAGUAGCAUAUGUUUCUUACCUGCAUUUCGCAUGUGACGUGGUCGAAGAUCAUCGCGCUCAUGCUAUCACACCGUUUUUUGUAUUAUCAAGGAAGGCGCAAUUGGGAGUACAUUGCUCUUCCUUUGGACGAUGCUGCAGAAGAUGGUCGUCCUUCCUCAUAGCUUGCUCUGAAAGAGGCCUGUCUGAUUCUCGGCUCUACUCGCAUCGAAACUAGACAUCUUUGACGACAUCUACGGAAUGAUGAUCUUAGGACAGAGAGAAAACUCGGGACCUGCAAAAAGACGAAAUCUUAUAUACAAACUUGGUGUGAGCAAAAACAAUGAUACAUGGGGAGAUAAACUACACUGAUGACUGGUAGAGUAGUAGAGG